UGCUUCCUCCUCUUUUCACACCACAACUUCUCAAAAACAAACUCACCAAACCAAAACCAAGACAUUGAAAAAAUAAUGCAGAAAGAAUGAAUAGAAUAAUGCAGCAAACCAAAUAUGACCAACUCACUCAUGUUGGCCCUCUUUUAUACCCUCACCUACUCUCUCAGUUUCUUAUAUAUAUUUAUGAACACAUUGAUCUCUUGCAAGACAGAGCAUCAUCAAAUCAAGACCAACCAUGUUGAGAGCAUUGAGCACGAGGAGAAGCCGUCGUGGGUAUGAAAGAUUAGUAGCUGACGAGUCUGCCAUUUGUCUUUUGGAAGAAAAACUGAAGAGGUCUAAAACUCUGCCUGCAGCAGCUAGAACAUCCUUUGAUUUGCCCACCAAGUUAACUUCAGAUUCAGCCUUCCCACAGGAUGCUGCUGCUAAAGUAGCGAAGCCUGCAGCUGCAAGAAAGGUUAACAAGAGCCACCCACUUUUCAGUCUCUUUGAUUGUCGUCGGAAGAAGAAGACUACAGCGAAGCCAGAAUUUACAAGAUACUUACAGUAUCUCAGAGAAGGUGGGAUGUGGGAUGUCAAGUCGAACACGCCUGUUAUAUACUACAAAUGAAAAAAGUAGAAUUAUUUUUGUGCUUCAUUUUGCCUUUUUCUAGAUGUAAACCAACAUAUAUAUACACACCAUAACUAUAUGUAUUAACUUUAUUUAUGUUCUUUUUGUUCUCCUCCUCAAUGGAACGGGCAAAUAAUGCAGAUCUUUUACAGUUCAUAAUAUGAAACUGUUGCAUAUGAGCUCUUUUUGGCACGGAGUACUUUAGAUUUCAGAAUGUUAGUGAAGAUUCAGAAUUUGGUUUUGA